AUGAGCUACAGCAAUAUCCCAGCGGGUAAAGAUGCGCCAAACGAUAUCUAUGUGAUCAUCGAAAUUCCUGCAAAUGCAGCACCAAUCAAAUACGAAAUCGAUAAAGAUUCUGAUGCGUUAUUUGUAGACCGUUUCAUGGGUACAGCAAUGUUCUACCCAGCAAACUACGGUUAUGUACCAAACACACUAUCGCUUGAUGGUGACCCAUUAGACGUACUGGUUGUAACACCUCAUCCAGUAGAGCCAGGUUCAGUCAUUCGUUGUCGUCCUGUGGGUAAGUUGAACAUGGAAGAUGACGGUGGUGUUGAUGCAAAACUGGUUGCA